AUGACUUUAACUACGGACAACAUUCCUACGGUUCCUGCUAACAAUCCAAUCACCAAUUCAUUUAGUUCAUUUGAUGAUAUUUCUAAAAAAGUCUUGAGAGCUAAUUAUCCCUCGAAUUUUCGAAAAACUUCUUUUAUUUCCAAUGGUGGAAACGUCUCUAGUAGUAGCGAUUCUAAUAGUUAUGACAUUGAACAAAUAUUAGAAGUUUUAUUAUCUACAAAUUUAAAUCCAAGCAAUACUUUUGAACAUGAUUUAUUAGAAUUGCUAGUUUCUGGAUGUAAUACCAUUAAUAUGACUGACGAGCACAUGACUUCAAAAUUUAGCAGAAUUAUCUUUACUUUCUGUAGCAGACAUAUGGUUCGUCUAAAUGACAAUGAAGCAAAACAACCACCUUUAGACAUUUUAUUAAAUUUUUUGAUUGGAUCGUAUACUAAAGCCACUCAAGUUUCCUAUAUUGUUGAUAUUUUGAGAGCUUUAAGUCAAGUUUUAUAUGAAAAUGGUGCAAAUUGUCCGAAACAAAUUUUACAAACUCUCCUUCCUGUUGCAAGAUAUGAUUAUCCGAACCUCGAAAUUCGCCGUAUGGCGAUUAAUGGUCUAGGAAAUUUAUGUUUUCGUAGUGGCACUAAAUUACAAACAGAAUAUAGAAGCAUUUACGAAGUACUUUUGUCGAAUUUAAUAACCAUAGAACCUAAUUUAGACGACCCUGCUUUUCUCAAAGUAAAUUUCAGUACAUUACGAGCAUUACAAUUUAUCAUGAACGAAGAUAAAACUAUUGUAACAGAAACAUUUAGCGAGACAAUUGAAGCUAUAAAGAGAUACAUUUUCUUUAAUGCUGAUGAAUUAAAAAAAUUUGCUUUGAAUUCAGAUAGAACGCGUACAAAUAGUGGAAACAUGAGAAAUAAUGGGCUGACGUCACCGAGAUCGCCUACACAUAGUAGACAUAGUCGUACAAGAUCACUUGGCCGCUCUUGGUUAAGCUCUGACUCAGAAUUGUCCGAUGGAGAACACGUUCAAACUCGUAGAAGAAAUGAGGAUUCUCGAAUUCGGUCUAACGCAGUCGGAUGUUUACAAAGUGUUGCAAGAACCGCACCAAAGUUGUUAUAUCCUCAUUGGAAUCAUUUUCUUCCUGAUACACAUGCUUCUAUUUCUUCAGCUCCUUCUUUAUUUACAUUGAUUCAAUAUGAAGCUAUGCCUGCAGUUCGUAUAUCUGCUUGCUCUGUCAUAACAACCAUGAUUGAUGGAUCUAAGCAAUACUUGGCAGCUGCUGAUGAUAGGGAAAUAAAAUCAUCAUUCACUUCGCUCUCCGCAAAAUUAGGCGCAAUUGUAAGAGAACUUCAUGCUGGAUUGUUACAAAUACUUGCUAAAGAAAAUCAUGGUGCCAUUUUGAUUCAGUUAUUGAAGUGCUGUAAUACUUUGGUCAACAAUACAGCUUAUGAUAGAUUAUCUGGUGGCUACCUCUCCCGAUUGUAUUAUGCAAUUGUUAGAUUCCUCAAUCAUGAAGAGGUUGAAAAUCUUAUACAAGCUGCUGUCAUAAAUGAUGGAACAGCACAAAAUUUCGAAAUAAUCAAUAUUUUGGCGUUUCUUAUAAAACUUAUCGGCAACCACAGUCAACAUUCAUCUAUGAGAAUUGAAGCAUGGGGUGUUUUAUGUGCAUGUACAAGAACUCAUUUUGUAGUUAUAAGUCCUCUAUGGGAUCAAAUAAAUCCUUUAAUUGAAAUUGAUCUCAAAUGCGAAGAUAUUAAUAUUCGUACAGCUUCAAUUAUGUUUUUAGUAGAAUAUGCUAGAGAAUUGGCUGCCGCUUGUGGGAGUCGUCAAAAUGAUGCAGAAGAAAGCAAUUCCGAAACUCAACAAUAUCAAAAUUUAGAUUUGACUAAAGUAUUUGAAUGGUGGAUUGCAGUUCUUGUUAAACAUGUUCAGAUGGCAUCAAAUGAUAAAUGUCAUGCUGUGAAAGCUCAUGCAUGCGAUUUCUUAUCAUAUAUCCCAGCGAAUAUAUUCUCAUCGUUACCAAAUAGAAACUUUUGUAUCAAAAUAUUACUUAAUUAUUCGAAAGAUGAAAGCGCAAAUGUUAGAGCAGCAGCGUGUCGUGGUCUUGGGGUAUAUAUUUUGUUUCCUAGCUUACAACAGGACACUAAAUUUGCAUCAGAUAUGGCAUUGACAGUUAUUCAACAGAUGUCUGAUCAAAAUUUAUUGGUUAGAGUUAGAAGUAGUUGGGCUUUAGGGAAUUUGUGCGAUACUAUGGUUAUUUUAAGUAAUCCUUCAAAUAUCAGUCAAGGAGUUACUCCUCGAAAUGCUAAUUUGAAUGAAUUUUUAAUUAAUGUUUUAUGGGCAAAAAUUGUUAAAGCUGGAUUGUCUGCGGCAAACGAUAAUGAUAAGGUUCGCCCAAAUGGAGUGAGAACAUUGGGCAGCAUUAUCCAUGUCCUUCCCACUAACUUUAUAGUAAGAGAAGAAAGAGGAUUAAUUAAAGAUGUUGUUCGUUGGAAUGCAUGUUACGCGGCCUCAAAUAUGUUACGGAAUCCAAAUUUCCCAAUUGGUCAAAAAUCAAACACUUGGUCUGUGCAAUUAUAUGAUGCGCUAAUCAGAGCAGUUCAAACGUCCAAGAAUUUUAAAGUUAGAAUUAAUGCAUCCCUUGCGCUUGCUACACCGACUACUCGAGACAAAUAUGGUGACAUAACUACGUUUAUUAAAAUUCUACAAGCGGUGGUUACAAGCUUGGAAAAUAUUGAUAAUUUGACAGGAACUGGAUUCAGUGAAGUGAAAUAUCAAGAACAAUUAAAGAAUCAGCUUUUAGCAACAUAUCAGCAUUUAAUUUCCAUAUCAAUGUAUAGUGAUCAAAAGCACAUUGAGCCAUUUAUUGAACGAUUUGCUAAAUGGAGAGAAAACAUGAAUGAAACCCAAAUUAUUUGA